GGCAUUCCCAGGGAAAAUCCAUCGUCCUAUAUUAUAGCCAGCCUCGCGCUACGGGCCGGGCUUCAUGCGCGAAAGCUAUAUACUGUCCACUUCCCGUUCGUGGGCUCUCUUACCAUGGGUAACGCUGCUGGCUCAAUAACGGCAAAAGAAAUCACCAUUGGAUUCGGAGGAAUUGCUAUAAAGGGGCUAGCUGCUGCAGGCGCCACUGCCAUUAUCGUUGGGACGGGGGUUGCUGUGGGUAUUGCAGUCAGUACUGGAGUUGUGUACGUACUGGUCAAGAAUUACAACGAAAGCAAGAAGAAAAACAUGUAGCUACUGACAAGUAAUUCAGACUAAUGUUGUCGUUGCGACGUUGUAAAAACGCGCAGAGCACCAGGU